UAUUUUGCAAACACAAAGUUGAGAAAUCGAUGAUUAAACAUUGGACAUUGUGAAGUCGAAAUAUAUUAACAAAAGAAGACGCAAAAGUAAUGGCCAAUUCAGGAGGUGGAAAACCUCCUUUGUACCCUAACGCGCCACCACUAGGCAAUGAUGUGGCAGAAGAAUUUCAUAGAGGUGCACCACCUCCUUCCUAUGAGGAAUCAUUGAAAAUGUCCGCUGCUACUCCAGCUCAACGUUUUCCGGCACCCUACUAUCAACAACCAACAGCAGCACCACAACAGCCUUAUCAAUACCAAUUUCCCACACAACAGCCCAUGUCUUACGCGUCUCCACUACCACCAACUGCUGCGCAUGGAGGCUAUGUCAAUCCAUAUCCUGUUCACAUGCAACAACAUCAAAUGUACUAUAAUGCAGCAGCAAGCAGUAAUGCCAUGCAACAGAGCAGCAAUGUUUUGGAGUUCCACAAAAGGGCCGAUAUUAGAACUAAUGCCAAAGGUGCCAUACAUGUACCCCCACCACCACCAGGCUGUGCACCCACACCAGGCCAAUUGGCAGCCAUGACGGGACAACAGGUUAUGGUCAAACAAAAAAAGAAAUCAUUUUUCUAAACGUUGUUUCUUUUGGGUAAUGGAUUAAAUCCAAAGCACACAUAAAAAUGAUAAAUAUUUACAUUCAAUAAGUUUAAUAUACAUAUAUGUAUGUACCAACAAGUAUAUAAUAUUAUAAUGUACCUAGACUAUAUACCUCAUACAUUAUUAUUAACUGUUAAAUGUUUAUCUCACUUAUCGGGGUUGCAAUCAAGGCUCUUGCUUUAAAUUGUUACAUGAUUCAUAUUCAAGUUCUUGCAGAAACAAGAUUUUCUUAAAAAAAAUUAAUUAUAUGAAAUCUGUUGUUAUUAUUGUACAAAAUGUGAACAGACAGGACCCAUAUACACAAAUAUAAACUAAUAAAGUAGCCUUGAACCAAA